CAAGUACCCAUUUCUAUACUCGCCGUUCUUGACAUCCUUUUCUGGUUUCUCAAUCUGAAUCUCCACCUCCCCAAUGAAAAACGUUAGAAAGUGGUUAAAAUAGCGAAUUUUGCUAAGUAUACGAACUAUAUUGCAAGAAAUUUCUUCCUAAAAUAGCGUCCCUGUAUUCUUUGUCAGGGUAUCAGCAUCCCACGACAACUCAGAUCGGUAUCGAAAAUCCACAGAAGAAAAUGCGCAAAGAAAUGUCUGCUCAAAUUAGAACUACUUGGAAACCCAAAAGCCAGUUGUUAAAACCCAGAACAACUUGAGAACCAAAGUGGCAUGCCUCUGCUUCUUCUGCUCUUCAACACCAAUUCCAACCAAUUCAUCGAUUACGAAAUGAAACACCCCAGACAAAAUCCAAACGAAAAGAAAGAAAAGUGCAAAAUCAAAAUGGAAUUCACGGAUUACUUUGCAUUGGGAAAUUCCGGAAUGUAAUAGCGGUGAGGAGCUUCGACUGGGAGUACGCGGCUGGGGCUGAUGAACUGGCAACAGAGAGCGAGGAGAGCUGAGAGGGUUGAGUCGCAGACUGAGAGUGCGCAGUCGAGCAUCAUACGUGUAAUUUCAGCACCCGGUGGAAUUCCAAACCAGACGGCCUCCAACUCCAACGAAACAACAUGAAGCUUAAGACUUUCCUCUGCUUCCUCUGCCUCUUUAUCUCUCUAUGUCACUCCUUCGCAGCCCCGGCCUUGCUAUUUCAGGGGUUCAAUUGGGAAUCGAGUAAUAAAGGAGGAUGGUACAAUUCACUGAAGAACUCUGUUCAGGAUUUGGCUAACGCUGAAAUCACUCAUGUCUGGCUUCCUCCUCCCUCUCAAUCUGUUGCUUCCCAGGGAUACUUGCCGGGAAGGCUAUAUGAUCUUGAUGCCUCAAAAUAUGGAUCUAAGGAUGAACUGAAAGUAUUGAUUGCGGCUCUACAUGAGAAGGGAAUUAAAGCCGUUGCUGACAUAGUGAUAAAUCAUAGAACUGCUGAGAAGCGAGAUGGCAGAGGAAUUUGGUGCAUCUUUGAAGGUGGGACUCCAGAUGCACGUCUUGACUGGGGUCCAUCCUUCAUUUGCAAGGAUGACACAGCCUAUUCAGAUGGUACUGGGAAUCUUGACAGUGGAGAGAGCUAUGACCCUGCACCUGACGUUGAUCAUCUUAAUCCACUAGUACAGAAAGAGUUGUCAGAAUGGAUGAAUUGGCUCAAGACUGAGAUUGGAUAUGAUGGGUGGCGAUUUGAUUUUGUGAAGGGCUAUGCCCCUAGUAUUACAAAAAAUUAUAUGGAACAAACCAAGCCAGAUUUUGCAGUAGGGGAAAACUGGAAUUCUCUUGCUUAUGGAGAUGAUGGGAAACCUAAUCCCAACCAGGAUGCACAUCGUGGUGCUCUAGCUGAAUGGGUUAGGUCUGCGGGUGGGGCUGUCACUGCAUUUGAUUUCACAACCAAAGGAAUUCUGCAAGCAGCUGUGGAAGGGGAGUUGUGGAGGUUAAAGGACUCCAACGGAAAGCCACCAGGAUUGAUUGGAAUAAAGCCAGAAAGUGCUGUGACAUUUAUUGACAACCAUGACACAGGGUCUACUCAAAAUAUGUGGCCAUUCCCCUCUGAUAAAGUCAUGCAGGGAUAUGUUUACAUUCUAACUCAUCCUGGCACCCCAACCAUUUUCUAUGAUCAUUUCUUUGAUUGGGGUUUAAAGGAGGAAAUAAGCAAAUUGACUACAAUUAGGUUGAGGAAUGGGAUCAAUACUAGAAGCAUUGUGAGCAUACUAGCAUCCGAUGGUGAUUUAUAUGUAGCUGGGAUUGAUGACAAGAUCAUCAUGAAGAUUGGGCCAAAGAUGGAUCUUGGAAACCUCAUUCCCUCAAACUUCCAAGUUUCUACCUCUGGCAAAGAUUACUGUGUGUGGGAGAAAAAGGGGAAUAGAAAUGUAUUUGUGCUUAAUGAAUAUCAUAAAUCCAUAAUGCUCUGUUACUAGUACUUAAAUGUAGAAUAAAGUUUGGCCCCCCUUGAGCUGCUUAA